AUAGAUCAUAAAUAGGGUGGAAUCUGUCAAGUGAAUAAUUUCGCUGUAUUUCUAGAGAUUAGUCAUCGUAGGUCAGUUGAGAUAAUAAAACAAUUUUCGCUUCAGUGUACAAGUAUUCUAUAUAUUGUGAAAGUCGUUAGAAAAUCAGUGAUCAUGUUUUCGAGCGGCCCAAACUACACUAAAUUAAAAACGAACUUGAGAUUGGCGAUAAAUAGGUUAAAGCUAUUGGAAAAGAAAAAAACAGAGUUGGCUCAGAAAGCCAGAAAAGAAAUCGCCGAUUACCUUGCUGCUGGUAAGACCGAGAGGGCGAAAAUAAGGGUCGAACACAUUAUCCGAGAAGAUUAUAUGGUCGAGGCUAUGGAAUUACUCGAAAUGUACUGCGAUCUACUCCUUGCACGCUUUGGUCUGAUCCAGCAAAUGAAAAAUUUGGAUGAAGGAUUGGCGGAGUCAAUAUCAACAAUUCUUUGGGCUGCACCUCGUAUCCAGACAGAUGUCCAAGAAAUGAAAGUGAUUGCUGAUAUUUUGACAUCAAAAUACGGACGCCAGUACACAGAAGCAUGCCGAGAGGAAGCUGUGCAGUCGAUAUCUGAAAAAUUGAAGCACAAAUUAGGUGUGCAGUCCCCCUCCAAGUUGUUGGUAGAAAAAUAUCUAGUUGAAAUUGCCAACAAUUAUAAUGUUACCUAUGAGCCUGACCCUCAAGUCAUGGCAGAGGGACAAGAUGCUCUUCUUAUCGACAUAGGAGCUAAUGCGGGUGAAUUACCCAACAACUUGGACAUAGCUAGUGGCGGCUAUAACCAACCACAACCUCUCGGCUUCGUCGGAUUUCCACAACCACCUAUUCUGCCUGAUUCAGAAAAUUCCAAUAGCCAAAUGUUAAACGAAAAAGGUCAUCUACCCACAGGAUUUGUGACACCCGGUGUACCACCUUCUGAGAAACAGCCGAACGACAUGUUUAAUCCAGCAGCCUUUUCGUACAAUAUUCCAUUAGAUAACAGCAAUGAAAACAGGCCAGGUAACGACGAUCUUCCGCCUCCGUACGGCUCUUUCCCACCAGAUUUAAAUAAACAGUCUAAUCAAAAGCCGAAACCUCAGCCACGAUCCAAAAUGAACGAUUUCAACCUACCAGAUCUGCCAGCUGUACCAACGGACAAUGAGCAACCUCCGGGUGCGGCUAGUGACGACAUAGACUUUGACGAUUUAACAAAGAGAUUUGAGGAAUUAAAGAAGAGGAAGUAAUCAGAUAACAAAUGUCAAUGGAGGUAAUGAGUAAACUAAUUAUCAGGAUCUAGUGAAAAAGUUCUUUAAAAAAACUAACAAUUAUAUCAGAAGAAAAAUUUAUCGUCAUAAACAUAUUGUUUCAAACACUGCUGCGCUUAUGAACGACUAAAAUUUUGCUAUCAAUUUCCACUUCUUUUUUUACAUACUAUCCAAAGAAUGCUGCAUAAAGUUCUUCGAUUCUGCCGAUGAUGUGGUACAUAUUUCUAUUUCAAUGCAGCCUUUCGGAAACUGAUCCACAUUUCUCUACUAGUAAAAUAAAUAUAAAAAGAAGUGGGUGAUUGGUUCUCGUUUUUUUGAGGUACGCAAUUUCUGCAUCUACAGUGGCUUAAUUAUACUUCGUCGAGUAAUCCUACAUAUCGUAUUGACUCAACCUAACUCAAAGUAAUUGAAAUUGAUUGGGCUUGUUGGAUCUAUCUGUUACAAUAGUUUUAACGAUUUGGGAAGUACUCAAAAGAUAUUCCAGCAAUCUUUUUAUAUAAUUAUAACGUGCUAUGAAUGAAUAAAUAUGAAAAUUCAUUAACGUUGUCAGUUUCGUUUGAGGCCUGUAUAAAAAUAUUGUAUAUUGUAUGUUAUGCUGAAAAUUAUAUUUUUCAAAUUAAAGUUUAGUUAUAAUAAAACGCAAUAAAUAUGUUGCAUUUUUCAUGUAAAUAAAACAAAUAUUCGUGCCGAUGUAAUAUAUUGCGAAAAGUUUGAUGAAUAGAGAGCAAAAAAAUCUCAUGUU